CUAUGGCUGUAUCUGGUAAAAAGUCAUCGCAAAAAGUCUCAUCUAUACUAUCUCAAGGUGGUGCUGAAGAUUUUGACAUAUUCUGUAAUCAAUGUGACAAAGAUGACAUCAUACUACCUGCCUUUGGUUACUGUGUUGAUUGUGAGGUACAUUUAUGUCAAACUUGCUAUAACACUCACAGGCGACCAAAACCACUACGCCAUCACCAACUUCUAGAUGAAGAUCACAUGCCACAAAACCAAAACCUCAGGAAGUCAAUAAAAUCUACUUCAGGCCCACAAGAUGGUGAUUUAUCAAAGCCUUGUACCAAACAUACCAAAGAAGUGAUCAAGUUCUACUGUCAUGACCAUAAUACACUUAUAUGUAGUGUAUGCGUGACCCUUGAACACCCAACAACAUCCUGCAAUGUGGACUACAUACCAGAUAUAUCAGGACAGAUUUUAGACAGUACCGAGUUCAAAGAAACUCUUAAAGAUAUUCACAAAUUAACAGAGGAAUGCUGCCAGAUUACAAAAGAUAUGAAACAAAGAGUUGUUAAAUCAACAACUUCUCUGAAAGAUGCUAUAGCAGAGAUAGAGAAAUUCAGGACAGAGAUAAACAAGAGAUUAGAUGAACUAGAAAAGGAGGUUAAAGAUACUGCAACAACAAUUCAACAUGACCACAGCAAAACGUUGAAAACAACAGAAACAACAUGUGAUAACAUCAACAGAUCACUCCAAGCAUCAGCUGAUACUCUAAAACAUCUAAACACCAACAAGAAAACUGACCAACUGUUUACUGAAUUGAAAACAGCUCAGCAACAGAUAUUACACAAUGAAAAUAUAGCAAAAAAACUACAAACAACCAAUGAUGUUGAUGAGUACACUUUCGAAUCCAAUCAUGCUAUCAAAAAACUUCUUCAGAAUGAGAAAUCAUUAGGAGCAUUGAGAAAAAAGGAAAUACAGCAACCAGCACAACCAAAGAAUAACGCUGCAGUACCCAUGAAAGUGACAAUCUCUAGAAACAUUAAUGAUAAAACAUCCUCAGAUACAAAGGAACUGAAACAGCCAGCUCAAUCAAAGAAUAAGGCUGCAUUACCAAUGAAAUUGUCUACCUCUAGAAACAUCAAUAUUAAAACAUCCUCAGAUACAAAGAAUUGCCAGAUUUUUGGUAUUACUGUCUCUCCUCAGAACCAAUUAUUUGUAGCAGAUUUCAAUAAUCAAUCAAUCAAAAUGAUUGACAUAAACAGUGAAGAAAUCAAACAACUACAGCUUGAAUCAUUCCCCUGGGAUAUCACCAUAGUGACAAGAGAUACACUUGCUGUUACAUUACUAUGCACUGAUAUAAUACAGUUCAUUUCCUUCUCCUCAAACUCUCUCUCAUUGAAAAACAAACUGAAAGUAGGUGGAUGCUGCUAUGGAAUAAGCCAUCAUCAGGGGAAACUUGCAGUUACAUUGAUAAUUCCUGCCAAACUCCAAAUCAUGGACUUGAAAGGUAAUAUGAAAAUUACAGUUGAGAAAGAUUCCAAUGGUGACCGUAUUUUCAGUAGACCUUAUUAUGUCACCACAAACAGUCAUUCAAUCUAUGUAUCUAAUACUGAUAAAAAAGAAGUUAUAUGGUUUAAUUGGCAGGGAGAGAUGAUAGGAAGGAAUGUAGAUAUUGAAAGGCCGAGGGGUAUUUCACUUUUAGAUGACGGGUCCUUCUUUGUGAGUGAUUACUCGGGUUAUUGUAUAUAUAGAGUUAGUGGUGAUUGUAAAGACAGGACAACUAUACUGAAAAACGUGGAGAAUCCUCAAGCUAUAUGUUGGUGUGCUGAGACCAGUACACUUUAUUUCAGUACAUACAAUAUUUUAUCUGACGAGAGGAACAAUGAUAUAAACGUGUAUAAAAUGGUGUAGAACCAAGAAAUGACAAUUGAUGCAUUCGAGGAUAGACAAGAUACUACCAUUAAGUACAUCAAAUCAAGCAACCUUAAUCAAUAUCACCAGUAACAUUCCAGAUCACCAGCAUUCAAGAUCACCCGUAUUCAAGAUCACCAGUAAUCAAGAUCACCAGUAUUCAAGAUAACUAUCAUUCAAGAUAACUAGUAUUCAAGAUCACCAGCAUUCAAGAUAACCAGCACUCACUUAAAACUUAGCAACAUUAUAAUGGUAUUCAAUAUCAUUUGUUUUUUUAACAAGUGAAGGAGAAUACACAUCAAACAUCAGGAUGGAUUGUAACUGGUUUAUUCUAGGAGCUACCGGUUUCGGUCUUUCAAG